UCUAUCCAAUCACAGGGGUCGUUGUUGGGAGGUGGUUUGUGGAGAAGGUGACUUUUCGCCAUUAGCUCGGAUAGAAACACAGAAACACAGAAGCGGUUAAAACCAACAUGUCUUCUUUACAAAGGACGCUGGGCGUUCUGCGGCUGGGCUCCCGGCUGUUCCGCCGCGGGCCUCAAAGAGUAAACAUCCGAAAGGGCAGCGGGGGUCCUCACAUCGAGCCGCAGUACAGACAAUAUCCACAACUGACCAAGAGCCAGCAGUUCCAGUCAGAGCUGCUCAGUGGAGCCAUGUGGUUCUGGAUCCUGUGGCACUGCUGGCACGACCCGGACGCGGUUCUGGGUCACUUCCCCUGGCCUGAAGCCUCUGAAUGGACAGACGAGGAGCUCGGAAUCCCACCAGAUGAUGAAGAAUAAGAUCCCCGCUGCUGUGCCAGUCUUCAGAUCAUUCUGAAAGUCGCUGUUGUACAUAGAUUAAUAAAGUUCUUUAAGUUAAA